AUGACUCAAGAAAAUGAUGACUUGGUCCUUCUUGAAAGAGUAUUUCUUGGCAUUGUUAUGUCUGAAACAGAUGGACAGUUUGAAAGUAUAAUAAAUAAAGUUUUACUGUCAGUUAUACAAAAACUAUCAAGCCCUAAUGAAAGUGUGAAGAAUAAGGUAAUAGAAUUAUUGUCACAUGUAUCAAAGAGAACAAAGGCUGCAAAGUCCGUGCAGUUACCUGUAGAAACCUUAGUGGCUUACUAUGGAGACUCUAAUGCUUCGGCAUUCAUUGUUAAUUUCACUAUUAUUUAUAUCAAGAUUGGGUUUCCUCGUCUCCCAAAAGAUAAAAAAUUUGAAUUGCUUCCUCAAUUAAUGUCUGCAGUAAAUAAUAAGCCCCUUCAACAUCAAGAAAGCCUCUUAGUACUACUUAUUGCAUCAACUAAAGAUUACGUGUAUCCAAGAGAUGAAAAUGAAGGAAAGAAUUUAUUUAAUCUGGGGGACAAGGAACAUUUGAAGAAACUAUUGCUGUCAAUCCUCAUGGAUAUAUUUAUGUUUCCAUAUGGCUGUGUUAGUGAACAAAAUCUCACUGAUAUUUCGCAGUAUUCGUAUAGAAGACUGACUCAAGAUGGCUUUUUGGAUAUGUCAGCUGAUGCAAUGGAAAAGACAAAGGUAGAAUGCAUUCGAAUGCUUACAUCUGGUCUGUAUACCCCUAAUCAAGAGUACCCCGCGCUGGUCGUUGCUUCUGGUGAUUAUAGAUCUUCUGUUUCACAAUUGGCGGAAGAUAGGAUAAAGAAAAUAAUGCGUGACAUUGAUAUAAAUAAGGCUGAGGCUGUAACCCCUCUUUAUUCUAUUUACCUUGGAAGCGAUGCUGGCUCCACCCCAGACAAACUACGAGGAUCUAUAAACAUGAGAAUCAGGCUUAAGAUUUUGCAGCAUAUUUCUAAAUUCACCGUUAUUUUAUAUCCAAUAGCAAUCAGGGUCCUCUUUGAAUCACUUUAUGGAUCAUUUGCCAAUCAAAAAUUGAGAAUAUUUGCUUUGUCAUACGCCAGUAUGAUAAUCCAACACUUACAGGAAAGUCACUUGAAACAGGUUGCACCCCUUCUUCUUGAAUCAGGAUUUCUAAAACUCCUACGAGAACCUGAAAUUGAAAUUUCUCUAAAGGAGAAAACAUUUCCACUCGUUGGACAGCUUGUGAGAAAAUGCCCAUCUCUGGUUUCAAAGGAUCUCACUCUUCUUACAUUCCUAUUCGACACAAUAGAAGAGGCUGGUGAUAGUGAUGUGGCUCGGGUAAUAAGAGAUUCUGCAGUUUCAAUGAGCAAUGCUUAUGGAGAGUUCAGCAAUGGUGCUCUACCAGGUCUUCUUGAAGCGAAGUUGUCUUCUCCGUGCCAGAAAGCUCGUUCCUUAGCUCUCAACUUCAUUAUUAAUGCUCUUCAGCCUACACCUCUUAGAACUUAUUUACUUUUAUACUCAACUUGUCUUAGUGAUGAUGAAAUCAGAAGAGAAGCUAAAAAACCUCUUUACACUAGUGGAGAAGAAAAAAGUAUUAAACCAGGAAAUUUCCCUGCUCUUCUUACACUUGUAACUCAGAGGGAUUCUGAAAAACCUCAUCCCUCUCUACUUCUGAAAGAAGUAGUGCUUUACUUAAGGCUUUGUUUGGCCGCAGAUGCUGGAAUUGAAAGUACAAAUGAACAGAUUUCUCAUCCUUCAGAUUCAAGCCCUUUGAUCUCAAAAUAUCUUAACCAACUUGAGCCAGAACUACUCGAGGCCUAUGUUACGAUGCUGUUUCGUUUGCUAAAGGAUGAUUCUGGUAUUAUUCCAUUGGCAGCUCUUGUAGAGGUUAUUGGAUGUCUUUAUCCAACCCUUCCUGACAAACAUCUUGAUAAAAUACCUGUGUUUAAGAAACUUGCUAUUGAUGGUAAUAAUGAUGCAAUUAGAGAUUUAGCUGCAGAAGUUUGGGGUGUUCUUGCUUCAAGACUAGAACCUCCACCAUUUAGUGAGCUUCAAUCGCAGAUCCUUGCAUUAGGUCAUCUCAUCUCGAGAAUAGAUAAUGCUCCUGUGCAAUACCUUAAUACUAUUUGCCAGAGCAUCAAUGAAGAAAAUACCUGCCUUGCAGGCUUAACGUCUAUAGCUUUGAUUGCUCAAUCUGCUAAACUUCACCUUCCAGACUCUCAACUUGAAGGCCUGGUUGAUAAUCUUUUAGAGAAAUUCUUUAAAACUGAAUCUAAUAAAGUAAAAGAAAAAGCUAUAAAUGCUGUUGGAUAUCUUUGCAUUGCUGAGCAAGGUACCAAGCUGAGGUCUAAAGUCAUCAAUAAACUAUUAGAAUCCCCCAAAGAGGUGAAAGAUAUAGAAGUGAUCCUCUGCUCUGGACAAUGCUUGGUUUCAGCUAUCAUGGGAAGUGACAGUCCACUUGCAGGUGAUCCAUGGAGCAGAGAGAAACAUCUUCCUCAAAGUGAAGGUUCAAGCGGACUAGCUGGUUCUUCUGUAGAAAGGAUUUUGUCUACUAUAACUGAAGACAGAAGACCGAUUGUCAGGCAGACAUUAUGCUUUUGGCUCUUGGCUGUAACUAAACAUUGCUGCCAAAUAGAGGCUGUGAAAAUAAAGCUUGGUGAAAUUCAGUCUGGAUUUAUAGAUCUUCUCAACGAUAAUAAUGGUCUAGUUCAAGAGGGAGCUGGGAAAGGCCUGGCUCUUGUUUACGAGGCUGGAGAUGAAAAAACUAGAGGUGAUUUAGUUAAAACAGUUGUCGAACAACUUGGUUCAGGAAAGAGACUUGGCCAAGUAUCUAGUGAAACUAAACUUUUUGAGGAAGGCGAGCUUGGUGAAACUCCUACAGGUGGAAAGUUGUCAACAUAUAAAGAACUGUGUACCUUGGCAUCUGAUUUAAACCAACCCGAUUUGAUUUACAAGUUUAUGGCUCUUGCUCAUCAUAAUGCCAUUUGGAACUCGAAGAAGGGUGCUGCAUUUACUGUUGCCUCACUUGCUCAAAAAGCUGGCCCAGAGUUUCAAGAGCACUUACCAUCGGUCCUUGUAAGGCUUUAUAGGUACCAAUAUGACCCUGUUGGUCAUGUGAGGCAAGCAAUGGCUGGGAUUUGGUCAUCUUUGGCUACUCAGGAUACAGUUGUCAAAUUUCGAGGACAAAUAUUCGAUGAUUUGUUGUCGAACCUUACAGCUAGAGAAUGGCGUGUGCGAUAUUCAUCUUGCAGAGCCAUUACUGAUCUUAUGAGAGGUCCUGCUGGAACAUUCCUUAUAGAAGAGAAAAAAGAUCGCCUACCUGAGCUUUGGGCAGAAUUGUUUAGGGUGAUGGAUGAUAUCCACAAGGACACUAGAAGUGAAGCUGUAAGAACUGCAGCCAGUUUGUCAAAGAUCUGUGCCACACCUGUUAUCCUUCCAGUACUUUUGGAGAAAGGUAUUACAAACCCUGCUGUAGAAGUUAGAUUAUUAAGUCUUGCUACUGUCAGUGAAAUGUUAAAGAAAGGCCUUCCUGAAAAGGAUGUUGUAAAAGUGAUUGCUGGGUAUUUGAAAUGUGAGCUGGAUCCCAGAAGUUUUGUACAAUACGUAAAGGUAGGUAUGAUGGAAGAAUUGACUGGUGCUCUUAUAGAUUCAUUGAAACACAGUGUGAGAGGUGGAAGAGUUUCCUCUGCGAAUUUUAUCACUUUGCUGAGCCAUCACCUUCGUUGUGAAGAGAUUCAACCUUUCGUUGGGAAAUUUCUUGGAGCUCUACUUCCCGGAGUAAAAGAUAAAAAUAGGAGAAUAAGAGCUGAAUUCGGUUCAACUAUGGGUCAGCUGCUCCGUUGUGCCAAAGCCUCCAGUGUUCAGAGACUUUUUGAAAGACUGACAACACUAUAUUUAGAAUCUUACACAGAGGAGGAAGUAAAGUGGGGUGUUACUGAAGCAGUUGAUGCAGCAAUUAGGCAUAGUCAAGAUGCUGUUGAAGAAACGGCAUUACCUUUGGUGUUUUUGGCUAAACACGAACUUCCAAAUGAAGAAAAAUCUAACAUGAAAAGAAUUGAAAAAUGGGAAGAAGCUUUUAAACAGAUAUGCCCAGGUGUUGGCCGCCUUACCACUUACCAGUCAGAAAUAAUUUCCUUGCUCUUAACUGCUAUCAAAUCUCAAUACUGGACACUAAAGGCGCAGGGUGGGAAAUCAGUUCGAACACUUGCUGAGAAAGUGACAGAUCUAAAACAGAAAGAGGAAAUUCUUCAAGCCGUCCUCGAAGCUUUGGAAGGCAGGGUUUGGGCUGGAAAAGAAGCUCUUCUAAGCCCUCUACCAUUCCUUAGCCAAAGUGAUGAUGUGAAACAAGUUCUCUUGAAAGAAGUUAAUAGAGGAACUACUAGUUAUAAGUCAGCAGCUUUGACCUAUCUUGCAGAGACAAAACCAAUUUUUUCGUCAGUAGUUUCUGCUAUAAAAGAAGCUGUAACUGGCGAUGAAAAGAAGAUUCUUGAAGCAGCAGUUUCCUUAAUUGGAAAAUGUAUUAUUGGUGAAAAUGAAUUUGAUGAGGCUGUGAAGAUAUGUUUGAAUUUUCUUGAUAAAGUUCCUGGGCCUUCUUUGGAAUCUAUGUCUGAGAUGACUAGAGAGCGUUCAGGAAAACAAUUAACUCAGUACACCGAACAGUUUAUAUCUGCUAUAGUCCUUGGUCUUGGAACACGAAAGCUAGCAACAGUUAGAAGAUCUUCUCUUAAUUUGCUGGAUAAUCUUCAAAGCUGUUUUGCUGACCAUGUUGAGGCAUAUUUGUUGAUUAAGUCGACAUUUGACAAAUUUUCAACGGAACUCGAAACUGAUUCUGACCCAGGAGUCAGGUCUCGUGCCAUUGACAUUAGAGAGAAGUUCAAGGAAAGAGCCCUUAUAUAA